AGACGGAGAGACAGAGAGGAGGCGAGUCUGGGGGACAGAGCUGCUCUUUCCCCUUAGCUGGGACUGCAUGAUAUCUUUGUGGCCGGUAAACUUUUUAUUUGGUUAGUCGGCAAGCCAAGGCCGUCAGUCAGUAGGGAUGGGUGAUCCAGCCACCCUGGUGGAGUCUGCCGCCCCUCCUGUUGUCACGGCGAUCCAAAAAGUCAUUGCUGGGGAAAUGCAAGAUGGUGCUAAAACCCAAUCCGCCAAUAAGAAUGGGAAGAAGGCAGACUCUGGGUCCUCCAGCAGCUUCUUCACCUGGUUCAUCGUCCUGGCCCUUCUGGGUGUCUGGACAUCUGUAGCCGUGGUCUACUUUGACCUGGUUGACUAUCAGGGAGUCAUUGACAAGGCUAAGGGCUUACAAAUUAACCUGUCUGAGGCCUUGCAAGGUAAACUGGUGGCAUACGAUACAGAUGGCGAUGGUGAUUUUGAUGUCGAGGAUGCUAAAGUUCUGCUAGGACUUAAAGAGAAAGCUGUUGUCAUCACGUCCCGAAGCGAGGAAGCUGCUGCCCCAGUGGAGACUCCUGAACCUGAACCCACACCCGAGGCCGUUGUCGAGCCUGACCCUGUGUCUGUGGAGGAGGCGAUUGAAGCUGCUGUAGCAGAGGACGCUUUUGCUCCACCACCAGAGCCUGAACCUGAGGUAGCAGCUGAGCCUGAGGUGGUUGCUUCUGAGCCUGAACCAGAACCUGAGGCUGAGCCCGAGCCUGAGCCCGAGCCCGAGCCCGAGCCAGAACCUGAGGAGACUCCUGAGGUGAUUGAGGAGGACCCUGAGGUGCUGGAGGAGGAGCCUCCUGUUGUAGAAGAGGAGGCUGUGGAGGAGGCUGCUCCAGUUGAGGAGGAGCCUGCAGCUGAGGAGGUCACAGAGGAGAUGAUGGCAGAUGAGCCUGCAGAGGACACGGCAGAUGAAGAGGCCGUGGAGGUGGAAGCUGUUGAGGAGGCGGCAGAAGAACUCGCGGCAGAGGUAGAGGCAGCGGUGGAGGAAACCGAGGAGGAAGCAGCGGCCGAGGAGGAGAGCGCUCCUGCAGAGGAAGAUGUGGAGCACCCAGCUGAAGAGGAGGAGGCGUCUCCCGCAGAGGAAGCUGCUGAGGAGUUCGUCGAAGAGGAGGCAGGACCCUCAGAAGAAGCUGUCGAGGAGGAAGCACAAGAAGAUGAGGCAGCUCCCUCAGAGGAACCUGCUGCAGAGGAGGCAGCUACCGAAGAAACUGCUGAGGAGGAGGUAGCAGAAGAAGAGGAGGCGGCUCCUUCAGAAGAGGCUGAGGAGGAGACAGCUGCUGAGGAGGAGGCAGCUCCUUCAGAUGAACCAGCUGAGGAGGAGGCAGCUCCUUCAGAUGAACCAGCUGAGGAGGAGGCAGCUCCUUCAGAUGAACCAGCUGAGGAGGACGCAGCUCCUUCAGAUGAACCAGCUGAGGAGGACGCAGCUCCCUCAGAUGAACCAGCUGAGGAGGACGCAGCUCCUUCAGAAGAACCAGCUGAGGAGGAGGCAGCUCCUUUAGAAGAGGCUGUGGAGGAGCCUGUUGAAGAGGAUGCUGCUCCCUCAGAGGAGGCAGUGGAGGAGGUUGCAGAGGAGGCUGCAGAGGAGGCAGUGGAGGAGGCUGCAGAGGCAGCAGACACAGAGGCCACUCCAGAAGAAGUGGAGGAGCAAACAGCCCCAGUCACAGAGACAGAAGAAGAAGUAGCACAAGAGGUGGAGGAGAUGGCAGAUGAAGCAGCUGAGUUUGUUGAGACAGAGGAAGAGAUUCAGGACGAGCCCACAGAAACGUAGAGGCUGCUGCGGUUGUCGUGGUGACGGAGCAGGGACCCGUUGAUGCUGCAUCAGCACCAUCUGAGCGUGCUCAGAAUGAUGAUGCAUCUCUAAGACCUCCAGAGAAACGAUCGAGUCGUUAUGACCACCCCCACCCCUCACCCCUCACUCCCCCCCCCCCCACCCCUCACAUCCCCAUCCACCCCACCCUCCUCCCCCUUCUUUAAAUAUUUUCCUUUUAGUGUCAAAGUGUGAGAUAAUGGAUGAAAACUGUUUACUAAUACGGUACUCCUGUUUUUACACUUCCUUUUUUUUUUUUCUUAGAGUGUUUUUUCCUUCUCCAGUAGACCACCUAUUUCCAUUUGCAUUCAGGGUGGUUUAGUUGUGUGUGUGUGUGUGUGUGUGUGUGAGUGUGAGUGUGAGUGUGAGUGUGAGAGAGAGAGAGAGAGAGAGAG